AAGGAGUUACUAACAUUAGUUUUGAUGGAAAAAAAUUGGUAAUUGAACUUGAUAAUCGAGGUUCAAAGGAUCUUAAUGAUAAUGAAUUAACCCCAGAGCAAAAAGAAUUAAAGAACUUUUUCCAAAAUAAUCCUCAAAAAACGAACAUUAGUCGGAGCGAGUUAGAGCAAGAAGUGGUUAAUUUUGCCCCAACUAACUCACCAAGCAAUGGAGGUGACAGCAAAGCCGGAAUAAUUGCUGCCAUUGUAGUGUUAGGUCUAAUCGUAGCCGUAGUGAUUGGUUUUGUGGUUGUUCCAGCAGUUUCAGAUUCCCAAACCUCCAUUGAUAUCAUUAAUGAUAAAAUAAAACUAUUAAAAGGAAAGAAUAGGGAUUUCAUUAAAACAGAUGCCUAUCGAAAGUAUUUUGACUUUUUGGAGAGGUUAGGUUUAAGGGAAGAAUUCAGCAUUAUUACUACUCAGGAUGAAUUAACUUUGCGAGGAGUUAUAGUUUCUUACGAUGCUCGUAAUCACGGGCUUUCGGAUGAUUUUCCAACUAGUUUAGGUCAAACUGAAGCCUGUGAUUUGCAAGAUAUUAUUAAUUGGGUAAAUGAAAAAUAUCAGCCGGAGAAAAUCGGACUUUAUGGUCUUUUCGGAGGGGUUGGUAAUUCCGAAGUAGCAUUUGCUAUUUGUGAAUCUCCUUAUGAUGAUGCAGCAAUAGGAAUUAAAGAGGCCUUAGGAAGUGGAUUAGAAAAAAUUAGCCCUUAUUUGGCUUUGCCUCAGCAAUUACCAGUUAAAUUACUGCUGGUUCAUGGUUUGCAAGAUCAUGCUGAUCAUGGAGAGGUUCCUUUCAUUGGUGACCAUGUUCCUAACAGCGUAAGGGAUGCUCAUCGACAAAUUGCCGAAAAUGCUUUCGCUGCAGGCAUCAUUCUCGAAGAAGGAAGUUCGUAUGUUAGAUACGAAUUAUCCAUUAGUAAAUCAGGAUCCAUCUAUGAAUAUGCUUUAGCAACACCAGAUAAUAUUAUUUAUGAAAACUUGCCUAAUGGCAUUAGAAGUCCAAUAAAAUAUAGUCACCGACCCACUGGUGAAGAAGUUAAUUCUAAAUACCCCCAUAACACAUUUAACUUCCAGCAAAUGUAUGUUUUGAAUGGAGAACUAGGAUGGAGAGAAAACCCAACUAAUACUACCUCCCAACCUGAACCAUUAAGCCUUAAAAGUCAAAUUCCAUCCCCAGAACAAACUAAUCAAGAUAAAAAAUCCACUCGAGAGAUAAAACAAAACCUAAAAAAAGCCCAAAUCGGAACCAAAAAAGAAAGAGAACAAGCACUAAAAGACCUAGAAAAACAAGAAACUGAAAAAGGGUAUAAUGAAAAUAAGACUGAAAUAGAAAACUUGAAGAUAAAGCGAGCAACUGAAAACCCUAAGAAAUAUAGUGAAGAAGUCCAGCAAAGAAUGGUCGAAAAAUUAGCUGAAAACAAAGUUGAAGAAGAGGAAUUAAACGAAGAAAACCAACAGGCUCUCCAAAAAAUAAAAAAGGGAGAAAUCACAGACCCAAACCAAUUAAUAGCCAUUGAAACCAAAAUCAAAGAAAAUAUUUAUCAAAAAGAAGCCGAAAAGAAAAUCACUGAUUUAACUUUACGAGUAAAUAAAAUUUUAAAAACUAACCCAGUUAGUUUAAAAUCCCAAUUUACGAGCCUUAAAGAAGAAUUAUUAGCCUUUAUUAAAAGUAGCAAUACUUACUAUACUAAUAAUAAAGAAACUGCCGAAAGAUUGUUAAACCAGUUAAAAAACUAUUCAACUACAAGUAAUAAUCAAACUAAUUCUUCACCAGAACCCCAAAACUUUCCUUGA